AUGUCGGGUGCUGUGGGCCGUGAGGCAGUUUUUCCGACUCGCCAGUCGUUGGGGUUGAUGAAGGGUAAACUAAAGGGUGCCGAGACUGGACACAGUUUGUUGAAGCGGAAGAGUGAGGCUUUGACCAAGCGUUUCCGGGAGAUCACUCGGCGCAUCGAUGAGGCCAAGCAGAAGAUGGGACGGGUCAUGCAAAUCGCCGCUUUCUCGCUUGCCGAAGUCAGCUAUGCGGUCGGAGGAGAUAUUGGCUACCAAAUUCAGGAGUCCGCCAAGCAGGCCCGGUUCCGUGUGAGGGCCAAGCAAGAGAACGUCUCUGGUGUCUUGCUCCCUCAUUUUGAGAGCUACACGGAGGAUGGAAUCAACGACUUUGGCUUGACGGGUCUCGGAAAGGGUGGUAUGCAGGUCCAGCGCUGUCGGGAGACCUAUGCCAGAGCGGUGGAAACGCUAGUGGAGCUGGCGAGUCUACAGACCGCAUUCGUGAUUCUAGACGAGGUCAUUAAGGUGGUGAACCGGAGAGUCAACGCCAUCGAGCACGUCAUCAUUCCCCGUACUGAAAACACCAUUAAAUACAUCAACUCGGAGCUAGACGAGCUCGACAGAGAAGAGUUCUACCGCCUGAAGAAGGUUUCCGGUAAGAAGCAGCGCGACAACGCCGCUGCAGACGCAGAGAUCCUGGCUGCGCGGCAGAAAGAAGCAGCCAGGCUGCAGGAAAGCGCGGAUGCUGAGAAGAAGGCAGAAGAGGCACCUGAAGCACCCGACGUCCUCGGAGAGCAAGAAGAUGCCGACGUGAUUUUCUAG